AUGGUCGUUCAAUUCUGCAUCGAGGACAUUGAUGACACGUUGGGUAAGGCGAAGAAACGUUCAGAGAUCAACACUAGCGGAGAAGAUAACUCGGGUGCAGCGGACGGACAGAACAACGGGACGGCUCACGUCAAUCCGGAUCAAACAGAAAGACGAGACGAAGUGGGAACGGACGGUAACCCGCCGGGCCCAAGUAGCAAUUUCCUAUCAUCGACGCAAUCGGGAAACCGAGGCUUCAACAUGGCGUGGAACAAUCUGUUGAACCAAAACACCACACCCAGAAAUCCAGAACCAUCGCGACAACCAGAUAACCUGGGAAACGAUAACGGAGAUUUGCUAAACAUUUCAGAACGCCUUCCGGGUUACAACGAACACCAGAAUGGAGGACAAGGGACUGUAAACAACAAUAGACAUGGAACGGGAAUAAGCACUGGUCAAAGCCAUCUUGGAGGGCAGGCGAACCAUGGUCUAGGACAGCCACUAAACAGCAACCAAACUGGACUGCAAAGCGGCCAAGGCGCCGGUUUUCUGGGAAAUCUAGCUGAUGGUUUGCUCGGAGGUCAAGGACCCGGAUUUUCCGGAGGUCUUUCACUGGGACGGAACGGAGCUCAAGCGGGUUCAUACGGUGGUCGCGCAACUGGAUUCCAUGCAGGUCUAGCAGCUGGUUUCUACGGAGGCCGGACAGCUGGACUCUCCAAUGGUCAAUCAACCGGUUCCUACGGAGGUCAAACAACUGGAACAGGCGGCGCAAACGGAAGCCAAUCGACAGGGCUUUUUGGAAGACCAACGACGGGACAGGACGGAGGACAAGCAGAUAGCUUUAGAGGAGGUGCUGGAGCAGGGCUUAACAACAAUCAAGGCGGUGAUCCGGGCGCUGGUCAAGCAUCAAGUGCAAACGGAGAUCAAGAAAGGGUGAACGAACGAAACUAUCGCUGGAGGGACGAAUUGUUGAACUGGAUGAGAAUGAACGAACAACAACGACAACAGCAAAUGCAAAACGAACAGUACCAACAACAACAGUACCAGCAGCAACAGUUUGAACAACAACAGUACCAGCAGCAGCAGUAUCAACAACAACAGCAGGAAAUACCAGAAGGCUUGCUUUUGAAAAACAUCAAACAUCUGCUGCAGGACGAUGCGCUAACUUGGCGAGAGUUCCUUCCGGCUAGUCAAGCGUUUGCCAUCAGGGUAGAAGCAUACCAUCGCUUACAAGGAGAGAGUGAGUCUUUCAGCAAGUUCUUCCAAGACAUCUCAACGCUGUUCCAGAACUCCCAACCGCCGAUGAGUGAAACAGAGAUGAUGUUCAUCUUAAAGAAAAACAUGAACGACAUCUACGCGCCGAUUGCAGCGGCCAAUCGAAUGGCAAGCAUGGACAUGCUGGUGCAAGCCUGCAAGGAGUUCGAUGAGCUCAAGAAGAUGCAGAAUGGUCAAAGACGUGUAGUCUUACCUCGGAGUGCACUGCUAGAGCCAACGCUGAGCACGCCACAGUCGACACAGCGCGGUUCCCGAUUCCACAAUCAAUCUCAGCGAUUCGGUCGCGUAAAUGUGGUAGAAACUGAAGAACGACAACAACCAGAUCGAAUGACAAGAGUCGAUCCCAGCCAGCAAGACCAGCGGUGCCAAGAAGAGGACGUCGAAGAAGACGAACGAAUCAAAUUACUAAACGAGCAGGUCAACGCGCUAAGGAUGCGAUUCGACAAGAAGGAAUUUCGAGCUUACCAAACAAACAACGGACAACAUCAGCAACCACAACAGCAGCAACAUCAACAACAACAGCAGAACCCUCACUACCAAGAUCAGCAGCAAGCGGCAAGGUCAUCAACAGAGAACCGAGCAUCACAGGUAGCGAUUUGCUGGAAUUGUGAUGCAGAAGGACACAGAUUCAUGGACUGCGACAAGCAGCAAGUCAUGAUGUUCUGUUAUCGCUGUGGUAGGAAAGGGUACUCGCUGAGGAACUGUCCCGACUGUUUACAAGAGUCGGAAAACAGCCCAGCGGGGAACCAACAGCAGAGGGGAAUGGAUCUCCGCUAG